UUUAGCUUUAGAUACUCCCUCAACUAGUAAGUAUUGACACUUGUGCUGUAGGUUUCUUCUAUGUUAAACUUUAAUGUUUUUAGGUACGGCUGAGAUAGGCAUGGAAGUGCAACAAGAACCUGAAGAGAUAUUAAAUAAGCAGAAAACGAUAGGCAUUCAAGUUCGGCCUUCAUAUCGUAGCAAGUAUGUAGAGUGCAAUUUAAAAAUUCCAGUCCGGCAUUCAGCAGUUUCUCCAAUGCAUGUUUUGCUCAAAAAUACUGCUACAUCACCUUUGAAAGUGAAGAAAGCAAAGAAAUUAUUAUUUGAAGCAAGUAGCAGUAGCAGUAGCGAAAAAAGUUAUGCUGCAUCUCAGUCAAGCUCAUUUGCAUCAACUGUAAGUGCAGGAAGUAGUGACAUAAAGAUAGAUGACAAACAAGAACAGGAAUAUCAAGCCCUAAUUGUGACACGUUGUGUAGUAGAAAAAAACGCCAAAUUUUACCUGGGGGCACCAAAUAUGUGGUUGCCUGAUUUAGUGAAUUUGUUAAGUGCCAAAACAAAUUUAACGAAGGACAAUAUUUAUUUGACACUAAUGAAAAUAAAAUUAAAUGACCCAUUUCAACGUUUAGGUCACAUGUUUGGAAUGUCCACAGGAAAUGCAUCAAAAAUAUUUGCAAAGUCUUUGGUCCAAUUAGAACUCUACUUGAGCACACUAAUAUUUUGGCCACCUAGUGAGAAAAUUAAAUACUUUUUGCCAAUUCCAUUCCGAGCUCGAUAUCAUAAUGUUCAGUCUAUCAUUGACUGUCUGGAAAUAGAGAUUGAAAAACCCACAAACCCAGUACAGCAAGCUCUUACCUGGUCAGAAUAUAAAAAAUGCAACACUUUGAAAUAUUUAGUGUCAUCAACACCAGACGGUUUCAUAAAUUUUAUUUCCAUUGGAUAUGGUGGAAGGAUCAGUGAUUCAUUGUUGGUUCAGAUAUGUGGGUAUCUGGACCAAGUACCUGUUGAAUCAAGUGUAAUGGCAGACAGAGGUUUUAAGGAUAUUGCCAAAUUCCUGCAUGAGCGGAAGGUCAAUUUGGUUAGACCUCCAAGUGUUUCCUCAUCAACAAAACCCACUCGAGCUGAAGUAAUGGAAAGCAAAAGGAUAGCUAGUCUACGAAUACAUAUUGAGCGGGUUAUUAGACGCAUAAGAGAAUUUCAGUAUUUAAAGCCCCAUUCUGUAAUUAAUCAUAAUUUAAUAGCUCAGACUGAUGCAGUAAUUAAAAUCGCAUGUGCUUUAAUUAAUUUACAGAACCCAAUUAUAAAACAAAUGUGA